AUGAAAAUCCUCACAGCAGAAGAAAUCGAAGCCCACCACUACCACACGCUUUCCGGCGGUGUGAAAGGAGCCGUGGCCGGAGUGAUCAUCUCAGGUCUGAUUUUCAAGCUGGCUCCCAUGAGAUUCCCAAAAUUCCGUCCAGCUAAAAUGCCCUGGUCGCUGAAGACCGCAAUGUUCAUUACACCACCAACACUGCUGACUUCGAUCUGCGCAGAAGAGGCUUCCACUGCGUUCGAACAGCAGAUGUACGGCUCUAAUGCCACCACCAACGCAGCAGUCGAAGAACACCGUCGUUGGAAACAGCUGCCUCUGUCUGAAAAAUUGAUCGAAGGUGCCUCCGCCAACAAGUACAAAAUCAUCGUGGCAGCUUGGGCAGCCUCGCUCUACGGGUCCUGGAAACUGGUGGACCGCGACCCAAUCAUGACUAAAACGCAAAAGGCAGUGCAGGCCCGUAUGUACGCCCAGACUGUGACCGUUAUGCUACUGCUGGGCUCGAUCGGUUUGUCCAUGUACGAGGAAAAACAGCAUCCGGAUGCCCGUAAACUUGAGGAGUCUCGUCGAUGGGAAAAAGCACUGGAACGUGCUGAAGAAGAGGAGGCAAACUUGAAGCAGUCCGGUCACCGUACCAACGAAGACCGUGUCAAUGCCAAAAUCUUCAAGUAA